AAAGAUAUACAUGAUAUAAAAUUACCUAAUAAUCCUUUGGCACUUUUAUCUAUCAUAUGAUAAGUUACAAAUUUAAUUUUUUAAACUGAGUAAUUGAUAUGUAUAAUGUUUUUCAUAAUAAAGAGUAUGCUGCAUAAAUAUAACUUAAUACGACAAUUAUGAAGAAGAAAAAUUAAUUUAAAUACCAUAUUCUAUGAUUUUUAGAAAAGAUGGUAUCACUUUGAAUUAUCUUAAUCUGUUACCAUAGCAACAUACAGGAAAACAAAGCAAAAUUUAUCAAGCAGACGGUAGAAGAGAACGUGUUAUAACUUGUGUCUUAUUAAUUUUGUACUAAAAUGUCAUUUCGUGACUUAAGAAAUUUUACCGAAAUAAUGCAAGUACUCGGUUAUCCUAGACUAAUUUCUCUCGGAAAUUUUCGUUUACCAAAUUUUCCACUUGUUGCGGAAAUUCUUGUUUGGCUAGUAAAAAGAUUUGAUCCAGAUGCGGAUGUAUCUAGUGAACAUAACACUGAAAAAGAACGUAUCUCAUUAAUAAGAACUAUUGCAGAAUUCAUGGCCUUGAAAGCAAACAUAAAAUUGAAUACAAAGAAAUUAUAUCAAGCUGAUGGCUACGCUGUAAAAGAAUUAUUAAAGAUAGCCACAUUAUUGUACGAGGCUCAAAAUAAUAGUAACAAUAAUAACAUAAUAUCUGAUGAAAAUUUUAGUUUUGCUAAUUUUGAUAUAUCUGAUCAAGUUGAACAACUGAAAUCAACCAAACAAUUAGCUAGCCAGUUGACGAUUACUGGUGCAUCGCUAUUUGAUUUAUUAGGACGUGAAGUUGAUUUCAGAGAAAUUCGUAAUACAAAGGUUUCCAGUGAAUUUGAUACGUCACAGAUUGAAACAGCUUUACAAAAUGUCAUUGAGAAUACUCGUAAAGAGAUUGAUGAUACUAAAAAACAAAUUGAAAGUGUGAAGGAUACAGAACAAAACCUGGAUACGAGAAUUGAAAGAAGACGUGCAGAACUUGAUAGAAAUCAAAAAAGGCUUCAGACGUUAAAAAAGGUACGUCCAGCUUUCAUGGAGGAAUUUGAAAAGCUUGAAGUUGAAUUAAAAGCUUUGUAUGAAGAUUAUAUACAAAAAUUUCGUUACCUUGCAUAUCUUGAACAUUUAUAUGAAGAUGCAGCUAAAGCAGAACAAGAGAGAUUUGAAAGACGGCAAGAAGCAACGCGAAAUCAGUUGAAGAAGAUGAGAGCAGAAGAUGCUAAUUUUGAAAGUAUGAUGGAAGGAAAUGAUUCCAUAUUACCCUCAAACCUUCAAGAACCUCCACCUCCUCUUACCGAAACAGAAAAGCAAAGUACUGAAAAAACAGCUCCAAGCAGUCGACUAAAAUCAGCUGGCCGAUCAUCGAGAACGCAAAUAUCACAGCGUCGAAUUUAUGGUAGUAUGUCUGGACGUCGAAGAGGAACGAUUCAAGAAACAAAUGACAGUGGUGGUUCGCUAGAUAGCGACAGUGAUUUAUUAAUUGACGGUGAUCUAGACGAUGACGAUGACGACGACGAUGAUAUUUUAGACUCUGUAGGGAGAGCGGACAUUGGGAACUUUGAUCUGAAGGUCGGGCAAGAAAAACGAGCCGUUAGUAAGAUAGAUCAUUCGGACGAGGAUUUUUAACCAUUACAAAAAACAUUUACAAAAACUUGAAAAUAUAAUACCGUUCGUGUUAUUAUCGAUCAGUAUCCGCAUAUUUUUACAAUAA